UACACUUCAGUAUUUUCUCCUAAGAACUCGACUUCCUUUGGAUAGCACCGCAAGCACGUGAACGUGAUCGCUCUCCAAGCUUCGGAACCUCCGAUAAAUGAUGGUGUAACUCCAGUUGCCCAAUUUUGCAAGAGUAUUCUUUCACAUCCAAGGUCUCAGUUACGAGGGCAGUGAUAACGUUUCCAAGUGUUUCGUCAAAAAGAAAACGGCUAUCAUUUACUGCCCUCCAGGUCAGCCCCACCGAGAAAUAUUCGCGUUGACACUGUGGGAUUGACACCAGUGGGACAAUGGGGUCGAUUUCAGCGUAAAAGUGAUACCAGAUUUGUGGUUCAGAUACCUGAUUCAGUCAAGAAACAGGUUUUGGGAAAGCGAUCUGCAUGCUUCGCGAGUGCAUGCAGAUCGGUAGCAUUUUGAAGAAUCAUGUCGACAAGUUCGAUAUUGCUGUACGACGUAGGUUUGGUUUAGGGUUGAUAGAUUUUGCGGAGCCUGAUAUCUCAGUUAUCUUAAGACCUUGCUACUAAGAAAAACCGCUUUUUUAUCAAGAUCUACGUGCUGUGUAAAGGAAACUCCCUGUAUUUGCAUCAGCGGGCGGAUAAAGCUAUCCUCAGCGGAUCAAUCUCAAAUUCAAACCGAUGCUACCAACAUUUUCGCGAAAAGCAAUUAGAGACAAAUAUACGCAUCCUCUGUAAAAUCUUAAACUUGACCUACAUAUGUGUUUAUUUUUCACUCGUCAGGUAAGUGCCGAAAAUAAAGCUCAAUAUCAAAUGUCAAAUACAAUUUCCUGUGUUGUUCCAUCUAAAAUUUGUUUAAAUUUUAAAAUAUAUGGUUUGUUUACACCGGCAUCUAUGAAACGUAUUACAACUAAUGGCUUAUUAGCUGUUUAUGGUGAUUUCUUAAAACAUUUCAGCUCGGUUUGGGGGACGUUAGUCACUUGUUAAAUAUUUCGCGGGCAUAUCAUAACUAAAUACGUGAGAAAAAUCUGCGGUACAGUUUUCGGUUGAGCAAACUGAAUUAAUGAAGUUAUCUUCCGUACACGGGAUAAUAAAGGGUAUCUAAAAUGAUUGUUAGAGUUGUGAUUGUUUUUAUUAUACUGGUAUCUCUUCGUACAGCUGAAUCUAUCCGGUGUUACGAAUGUGUAUCAAGAUUAGGACCUGGAGAAUCAAGUGCUUGUCUAACGGGAGAAGAAGGACAACUCAGACGGGUACAAUGCAUUGGACCUUCUGUGUGUGCUGUUUACCAUUACCAAACUGUCAUACCAGGAACACCUACUAUCAACCACAUAACCAGAGGUUGCCAAGCACUCCGAUAUGGUGCAACCUGUGAAGAUAUUUUCAACGAAUUAAGGGCGAGAGGUCAAGUCCUUCCUGGACAACAUACUUGUACCACAUGUAGUUCAGAUUUAUGUAACUCUUCUGGAAAGCUCAGCUAUUCGGUUACGAUUUGGUCUUUUGUCUUCGCCCUAAUCAAACGUUUUCUGUAAGCUGAUCUCGAUGGGCAAAAAGGAUCAGGGUCUAUAAGCAGGGUUUUUGGUCCUGAAAAUAACCCAAAUUGGUUAUAGGUGAAACUACAUUUAAAUACUGCUUCCGAAGGUACCCAAAUCUGUAUAGGUUCAAAUUCAAGCAUGUUGGGUCAAAUUACUUUAGCCAAAAUGGAUAGAGGUCACUAAACUCAAAAAGGUAUUUUUUUAAAAUAUUUCUUAGUGGCGCAACCAACCCAAAAAACUGAAAAAACUACCGAUACUUCAUUGUAAUAUCUUAUAUAACGCUAAUUUUUUAUAUAUUUGUGGAACGUAUAGAUUUCAAAUUGUUUGAAAUUUAUUUUCGAAUUUUUGGUUAGAUAAUGAAAAUU